AUGCCAGGCAGGCGGUGGAGCGGAAUCGGGGGGGAGCACAGAGCUGCGUGUCCCGUGCACGCCGCACCCGGGGGCGCUGCUCCCGGUCCCUCCCCGGUAGUGCGGCCCCGCCCCGCCCCCGUUUCUCUUCCCCCCCCCCCCUCCGGCUCCCGGUGCCCGCGGCGAGCAUGGAGCCGCAGCCGGUGCUGGCCGCCGCCUGUCUCCUCUUCACCAUGGCCAUGUUCUGCAGCGGGCUGUUUGACCUGUGGCAGGAUAAUCAAUACGAAGAGCGUGGACAACAUCCAGUUCCCGCCCUUCCUCGCCAUCAAAGCCAACAACCUGUGCUGGCUGGGCUACGGGUGCCAGAAGCCGGACUGGAUGCUGAUCAUCAUCAACAGCAUCGGGGCCGCUCUGCAAAGCCUUUACAUCCUGGUGUACUUCUACUACAGCACCACCAAGCGUCAGGUGCUGCUGAGCAGCCUCACCAUCAUGAUGUACGCCUCGCCGCUCAUCGACCUGGCCAAGGUGAUCCGGAGCAGGUCAACGCGCUGCUUGUCCUUCCCCCUGACUGUCACCGCCUUCCUGGCCUCCAGCAGCUGGACGCUGUACGGGCAGUUGGUCAAAGACAACUACAUCACGGUCCCCAACGUGCCGGGCAUCGUCACCAGCGUCGUGCAGCUCUGGCUGUUCUGGCGCUACGCCCCGGGCCGGGACAAUCCCCACAGACCCCUGCACGCCUGAGGGGGUCCCGCCGGUGCUGGAGCCCCGGAGCCAGGCCGGUGUCAGACACUUGGUGACCAAGGAAGGCCCCCCCUGCUCGCCACUCUGCUCCUGCUGCCGCAGCGUGGCCAGCUCCUGCUGGGUGACACCAGGGCGACCCCAGCGGCUGAGGGCUCCCAGCAGGACUGGGGCCCUGGGGGGACGCCUCAGUCCCUCACCGCUGCAGUUUGCCCUCUGGCAGCUCCUCUCCGUUGUCCCUGGGGCCGUUUUUUCCUGUGGUGGUGGUUGGUUUGUUCGCAGCGAUGCCUUGGGGGUGGCGGGCUCCCCCUGCCCCCGUCCCCGCGAUGUUCUUCCAGGCCCUGCCCCAGCGCUGGGCUGGGUGGGCAGCCCCCUUUUGUACGACUCGAAGUGCCUUUUAAUAAAUCGCAGACUCUUCCCAGCG